AAAUGUCUCUUUCUUUUAGGUCAGCUUACUGCAUGUUUGCUUCUCCAAAGAAAUCAUGAUAGGCCGUAUGCCAAGUUGAAGUUGUAGCUGUCCAUUUGUUAAACAUGGGAGCUGUUAAAUUGGAACUCCGGUGUCCUAAAAAUAUUAAUGGUGUAGCAGUAGAUCCACAACCAAAUUGGAGCUUGGAUUCACUCACAUCAGAAUUGAAUUCCCUGCAACUCAAUGCCUCUUCCUUGCGUCAUGUGCCUUUUACUAAAUCAAGAAUCCGAGAACUUCCCGGUUCCAAGGGAACGAGUACGAGUUCCAAAGCUUUUGUAAUGCAUGUCGAUGAGUUGGAGGACACUGAAAGUGAAGGCGAAGAGAUCCAUGAUCAAAGUUUGGCUGUUGGCAGGAGAUUCUCUUGUAAUGAACUUUAUUUAAGUGACUCCGAUGAUUUUGAAGAUGAGCCAGCUGUUGAAGAAACUCGAAUACUUUUGAUGGAUAAACUUGGUUUGCUUGAAGGUGCUUUGUUUGAAUUUGAUCGUGAACACACAGCUGGUGUUAAGGAGGAAAUUAGGAACACGCUUUCUGCAUUGCAGACUGAUUUGAUGAGUGACAGUGAAAGGUCUAUUGCUGCACUCAUUCAAAUUGAGAAGUUUAAAGAAGCAAGGCGAGAGAUGGACAGAAAGCUAGACACACAAUAUCAACGGAAAAUUGCAGAAGCACUUGAUAACCACUUAAUUGCAGUCCAGCGGGAUUAUGAACACAGAUCCCAAAUAGAAGAACGGAGAAUAAGAAAUGAUGCAGCGUUUGAAGAGUCCAAAAAGAGGGAAAAAGCUCUUCAAGAAGAAAGGGUGCGCCAAGAAAGAACGAAAGCUGAAGCCGAGCUCAGAUUUGGUGUGGUUGGACCUGUCAAAUUUGUGGCUGCAAGAAAGAGAUCUGAAGAAGCACAGAAAGCAGCAUUGGAAGCUGAGAGAAGAGCAACCAAAGAAGCUGCAGAAAGAAAAGCUACUGCAACUAGGAAACAGCUUGCAGCUCAAGUGGUACAAACAGAAGUUACUGAUCUCAGGAAGGAUGAAAGUGGAGAGGCGUUACAGUCGAAGCAAUUGGGACUGAGUGGCUGCAGUGAAGUGCAAUUAAUAGGUAAUGUAGUUAAAGGUGCAGAAAGUGCACUGAAAGCAGAGGCAGAAAGACUACGGAAGUACAAAGAAUUAGAUGAAAAGAAUGAGGCAUUGAAAUUGGCUUCCAAUAAGGAUUUUCGUAGCUAUGAGAUGCAGAUUGCUAGGAAUAUAAAACAAAUAACAGGGUUUAAAGAGAAUGUUAGAAUGAAGGCGGAUGAACUGAUAAAAAUUUUCAAUGAUCCUAGUUGCCCCCAGUCUAUUAGCUUUGGGGUGUUUGCAAAGAAGGUUGUCUCCCAAUGUGAAAAACCGGUUGCAAUUGCUGCUACUUUUGGUUGUGCCCAUGUCAUUGUUCUCGUGACUAAACAUGUCCCAUUUGUAAUGGAUCUUGUUCUUGCCGAGUUCCAUAGAGCUUGCAUCUACACUGUUCCAAAGCAUAUACAUUACUCUGAGUCAGCAUUCAGAAGUAAAGAAGCUUAUUAUAAGAUGAUUGGUUAUCGAGAAGAAGGUGGGAAGAUUGAAAGUACUGAGCAAUUUUUGGAACGCAUUGCAUCUUAUAUGAAACUUUAUGGUGCAGUGGUUCAGACUGAAGUUGGUGGUGUCCAAAACAUGCUCAAGGAGGGAUGGGCAUGGCUUGCAAGGUUCUUGAAUGUGCUUCCUGCCAACAUAUACACUGCAGUUGCUCUCUAUGCAUUUCUACAAAUGGCAGGCUUUGCUCUCUUCCGGAAAUACAAAUCGCAAUUUAGAAAGAUCCUAAACAUCAUACAUGGCCAAUUUUUAGAUGCACUCGAAUCAAGCAGAGAUCCAAUGCUAAACUCUGUCAUUCAGAGAAUUAAACAGUAUAUAGAAACAAAGCAAGUCCUCCAUGAACCAGAAGGAUGGCGUCUGCAGACUUCUUUAUUAUCUGAGACAUUUGUUCCUGAGUCAGAUACGGGUUACCAUCAUGAACAACAUUAUCGUCAUACAAAUCAAUACAUGUACAAGUAUUGAUAAAAAUAA